AUGGCCCGCAAACUAGCCCUGCUCUUCAUAUUAAUGCACUCAAUCCAAAUCCUCGCACUUCCUACUCCCUACGAAAACUCAAUCGCAUUCAAAUCCCUUGCGUCAGCCAACACGCACAAUAGGCGAUACUACUUCCCAGAAACCCUACCCGAUCAAGAUGAGCUCGCAGCCAUGUUGAAAGAGACAGCCAUGCGCGAAGCAGGCUUCGUGCCCUCGUCAAACCCGUCACCGGAGCCGGAAUCAAAGCAGCAUAAAAUGGAGACGGAGCUUCAAAAAUCACUUCCGGAUCCGCAUUCAGCGAUCGGCACGGAUGCGCCGGCACAACCGCUUAGGUACACAUACCAGAACACAAAGCUGAGGCAGUCCCAGUCCCACGCCCAGUCCCGUCUGAAAGAUUCUGUCGUGGCCGCAUUAGGAUCGGACAUCCACCCGAUUUACUGGCCUUCGUUUGGAUUUUUCGUUGUCUCGGCUGCGAUCGUGUGUUUCUUUACCGUAAUGCGGGGGAUCCGAGCUAAGAAGUGA